AUGACCUUGAAGAAUACCACUUAUAACUUGGGGUAUCCUCUGUAUGGGGCCAAGUUUGUCAAUGAAAACGUGUUAGUUGUGACCGGUGGAGGUGGCAGGGAUCAACCUGGAUUACGCAGUAAAUUGACCGCUUUAAAGAUAGAUUUCACGAAGAAGAAGAUUGUGAAGAGGUUCAGGGAGAUUACUCUCGACAGUUCAGACGAUUCUCCAACUACUUUAGAUGCUGCUAAAGAUGUGAUUUUAUUAGGUUGCAAUGAGGGUGCAGAUAAAAUCGCAGAGACCGGAGUGAAUCAUCAUAUCAGGAAAUAUGUUUACCAGAACGAUCAUUUACAAUUCACAGCAAGUAUUGAUUUUGAUGGGUCUGCAGAUUCUGAUAUAUAUACUAAAUUGACUGCGAUUUCGCCUAACGGCGCAGCUGCCGCCAUUGCUUCGUCAGUGGUUCCGACUCUAAUUAGAGUAAUUAACCCUGUAGAUCUUUGUCAAAAAUAUGAGAUACAAACUGGUAGGGAUGUGAGAGAUCUUGCCUUUUCAUUAGAUGGUCAAUUACUAGCUUAUGUGACACCAACCGGUCUUGAUGUGGCCUCCAUUGCAUCUGGUGAAUUUGUUAUCAAGAAAGCAGAUUUUGAAAAGAACUUGAUCUUCUCUAAAAUUAGAUUUAUUUCAAACGAUACUGUUUUGAUUGCUGCCACAUUUACAGAAAAGCCUGGUGGCGUAUUAUUAAAAGUGAAAUUCAACAAGACCGCAGGCAAAAUAAUUCUAAAGAGACAAAUAUCUGACAGAUUGGGUUCAAUUACAGCUUUUGAAGUCGAUACUAAAAAUGAGUUUGCUGUCUUAGCAACUAAUGAGAACGCUGUAGCUAUCUUUAAGAUUAGUGACUUAUCUGGCAUCGAGUCAUUUAGGAACUUACAUGAACUACUAAUCACAAGAAUUGCUAUCUCUCCAGACUCGAAAUUGAUUGCCACAGUGUCUGCAGGAAAUACCGUUAAUGUUAUCUCCAAGACCAACGGUUCUAUGGGAUCAUUCCUUUCUUUGAUCAAAAAAAUAUUAAUUAACCUAGUGCUAGUGGUUGCAGUAGCUGCUUUAACAAACAUUGCUUACAAGAAUAAUCUACAUUUAAAAUCUUAUGAAUUUGCCAAGAGGAAGUACCUUGAAAGAAGAGAUACCGGAAAUGAUGUUAUCCCUGAUGUUAUCGAACCUUGGGAUAAUUUGGUAACAACAACGAAUAUUAUUCAAGAUGAUAUUGUAAGUAUUUCAUCUUACACAAGUUACGAACCUCAAGAAAAAUUUUCAAUCAACAUCGAUGAUUUUGUCACACCUUCCACUACGCUACACACCCCAAUAAUUAGUAUUUCAUCACCAAGUACCGAACCAUCAUCUAUUUCCACUAUAGCAACUGUUGCAUCAUCAACAUCAUUACCACUUGAUGAGAUUUUGGAGACAUAUUCUUUCGACAGGCAUUUGGAGAUGCCAACCUUCAAUGAGGAGGAACUUUCAAUGAUGAAAGAGAACUCUGCUCACGGAGUAUCCAAAUCAAUAAAGGAUGCAAUAGAGCCUAAGGUAUCAAUGAUAGAAUCCAUUACUGUUUCUUCCACAAGUACCGAAGUUGUUACUACAGAGACAACUUCGUCUUCAUUGAAAACGGAGAAAGAAAUUUCCUCUCAGUCGAUUAUCUCAUCAUUGACGACGAAGGCGGCCAUCUCCUCUGAGAUUGCUGUCUCAUCAUCAAUGACAGAUGAGGAAAUAUCUAUUCAUUCAAGGACUGAAUUAAAGCCUGCUUCAAAAAAAGGCAGCGUGACGAUAUCAAAUGCAAAAGAAAGUGUUCCAAUUAAUGAUAUAUCUACAGAACGCCCCAAAACUAGAAUUACAGUUCCUCAAGGGAUCAAUGAAGAAGAAACAGAGACCAACCGUUUACCAAUUAGUUCAGAUAAUGACCCAUUAUUUAACAGUAUUUCGUUGACUUCGUCUUCUACUAUUUCUAUUGUUUCUGAAAAAUCUGGUACUUCGGAACUAAGACACUCUCAUUCACAAAGUAAAGUACUACCUACUGUUUCGUUCGAUGAAACGAGUGAGUCCUUAAAUCUAGAAUCAUCACUAUCAUUACCAUCAUCACCAUCAUCACCAUCACCAUCAUCACCAUCACCAUCACCAUCAUCACCAUCACCAUCAUCACCAUCACCAUCAUCACCAUCACCAUCACCACCAUCACCACCAUCACCAUCACCAUCAUCACCAUCAUCUGUUUCUUCUUCUUCUUCUUUGCUUCAUCUCGAAUCUAAAGAUAUUAAGGUUGUUGAAGAAUUGACAUCAUCAGUUGUCCCACCACAGACUUCUAUUAACGCUCUGUCUUCAUAUGUUCCAUCCAGCUCUGCUAAAACUAUAUCUGACUCUGCGUCUGUUGUACCAUCUGUUGUUCAAACCCUAAUACCAUCUGUAAAAAGUGAAACAAAAUAUACAUCAUCCACAACUUCCAUAGCCCCAAGUGCAUUGCCCUCUCAGGUAAUCGAACAAGGUAAAGAAGCAGUUGAACCUAAUACUAUCUCUACAACACCAUUACUAAGUAAGACAGAAAAAUUUAAGUCUACCUCUUCGAUGAUUAUGUCUCUUCCUCCCUCUUCCUCCAUUACGGACUUGUCCACCGUAUCCGUUGAACAAGAGAAAGAGACAAUCUCACCAUCUACAUUCUCAUCUUCCGAGAAAGCAAUUAAACAAAAAAUCACUAUAGAUGGUGUUGUUUAUGUCGUUGCGUCUACUGAAGAUGAAAGUACAGAAACUACUGUAUCAACUGAAAGUACACACAUUACUGUGAAUCCAACCACCUCAGUAGCAACAGAUGAAACCACCAAGUUUCAAGUAUCUAGCGCAGUUUUAUCAGAUCCAAUUAUGUCACAAAAUAAAUUAACUGAUGAGAAGAGCAUACUUACUUUUAAUUCUGUAAAUAUUGAGGAUACCCAGAAAUUGGAAGACAAUAGUGUUAGUACAUCGUUAGACAAUACUGAACUAGAGCCUAUGCCUGCAGAUUCCAAACCAAACUCGGAGAGUAAAUCUAAAAUGAAGAGAAAUACUUCAUUCCCUGAAUCAUUCCCUGAGCCAUCCAUCUCAUUCACAAAUACUGGUAUUACGGUGACCAAAAUUGCAAAAACAGUGGUGGAAGAAACAAUUGAAGUCGAAAUUGGUGAUAUUAAGAAAGUACCUAAUAGCCAAAUAGAAGAAAGUAGAGAAUCCCAGCUCUCAUACCCCGUGGAGGUUUCGCAGGUUUUCUCACAUAGCUCAGAUAAUGCUGGAGAGGUAAAUUCAGCUCCAAUUGUCACCAGUGCACCAAUUUUGAACGCACAAUUGGCAUCUUCCGAAACUGCGUAUAUUGAUACUACAGUUGAAUAUGAUGCAUCUUCGGACAUUAUGGCAUAUAAAGAGUUAGAAACAUCAUCCGCUGUCGGCAGUGAACCAUCUAUAGAACACGAUGAAUUAUGA